AUGAACUUAUUCUAUCCUACUUGGACUUAAAACUGGAACCAUAAUGAAUUGUCAACAAUCGAUACCGAUACUACUGAUAAUGAGGAUAACAAUUUUGAAAUCGAGUAAAAUAUUUGUUUAAAAAAUCUAAGUGUUAAACCUUAAAAAAAGCACUUCGAAACCAUACAAGAAAAAUAAUAAUAUAUAGAAGAGUAUACUAAAAAGAAAAAAACAGAACUCUGCAAGAAUUUUGUAAUGACUGGAAAAUGUAAAUAUGGUGAUAAAGUAUUUCUUUUAUUAAAUUUAAAGUGCUCAUUUGCUCAUGGUAUAACUGAAUUAUAGCCUAAAACACAUUUACAUUCCAAAUAUAAAACUAAACCAUGCAAAAGAUUCUUUUAAUAAGGAUAUUGUCCUUAUGGAAUAAGAUGUCAAUAUAUUCAUGAUGAAUUAAUAAAUAGAAAUGAAUUUGAAGGAUUCUUAUAAACAUCUUAUAAAGAACUUGGUUUAAAAGCUCCAAUUUCAUCAAGUAUUAAUUUAAAUUAAUUUUAGAAUAAUUAAAAACUGAUGUAAGAAACGAUAUUUAAAGAUUUAUAAUAACAAUGAAUAAUAAAAACAUAGAUCAAGAAUUAUUAAUUUAUCCUAAAUCUAGAUUGUCAUUUUUUAAAUAAAUAACAGAUCCAUAUUAUAAUUUAUUAUCAGAUGAUUCUCAAAAAAAUGUUUGA